AGUGGCUGCCGGAGCGCGCUGCCGUGGGGACGACGGGGAGGGCCGGCGACGGACGGUGAACGCACGUCUCACGGUGGAUGGAGAGCCACGCGACAAGGCAGCUCGACAUGACAUCGGCACGUCGGUGACAAACCUCGAGGAGGAUCAUCCCUUGCUGUGUGGCGGUGCAGUCAGUGCCUAAGAUCAGCAAAUUAGAUCUGCCUAAUGAUCUCGCGAUCCAAGGCCGAGGGCGCCCAGCCACUGACGCUCUCACGACGGUCAGUUGGAGUCAUCACUCUACUUCUGCUCGCGGCUCCGGCAGCCGGCACGGAGGGCGAACAGCGCGACUGCGCCCUGGCCACCGUGAAGCCCUGUGUCGACACGCUGCUCGAGCAGGCCAACAACAACGUGAUCGCUCACGCCACCAACAGCACUCUGCUCGACACGUGCCGGCGGAUCCAGGAGGCUAUGAAGUGCGUCUCUGACUACAUCAGUUCGUGCUCGACAAAAGCCGAGCGCGAGCAGUUCACCAAGACGGUCUCCUCGACCAGCGGUCUGAUGGACUCGCUCUGUCAGCCGGGCAAGUUUCAGGACCAGUUUCUGAAGCACGUGCCGUGCCUGCGGCUGGUCUCCAUCGACUACAACUACUGCGGCCACCUCUACAAGAAAUUGGUGGCGCACAUCGAGCGAGGAGAGGAUCGUAACCCAUCGCCGCAGGUCUGCUGUACUUUCAACGAGUUCACCAACUGUUCACGGGCCAUGUCGCAGUCGCUGUGCAGCAGCGAGGGUGCCGAGUUCGUCGACCAGUACCUGGACCGCUUCGGGGACGCCACACUGACGCCGGCCUGCAAGCCGUACCACGUGGGUUCAGAGCUGUGCCCCCGGUCCGGAGCGGCGCCGGGCCGGACCGCACGGUCUCUGACCAUGGUGGUCGCCUCCAUGCUGCCGAUCCUGCUGCUGUCGUUACUGCUGAGCGCAGCCGAGCGGGCACAGCGUCCCUGAUAGACAGCCGCUGCGGGCGUGUGCUUCUACGGCGUCGGAAGGGACUAGGCAGAACAGAGUGGACAGGACGGGACAAUAUAGGACAGAACGCCGCCCGUCCGCGGUUAUCUUUCACGACCUAGUCGGCAGUUGGUCCCCGGGGCUGGAUCUCACGAGCGGUACCCCAACCAUGAAUCUUUCCCGCGCCGAGACUGGACCUCACACGCAGUACCCCAACCAUGGUUCUAUCUCGCGCCUGUGCCCAAGUCGUGACAGGCGGCGUCACCCACAUCAUGACGAGGAUCACCACGACGGGGAUAUCAACGUCGGAAAACGGACACGAGCACCAGCUUGAAGAUACGCGCAUGAACUUUGUCAGAAUAAUACUGUGUUCUAGAAUACUGUGCUCUUUUGUUAGCUGGAUGUCUGGCUACGACUUGGCGAGAGUAACAAAAUAGCAAACAUCAACUAGUGCACGGGUGACACCCCUGUGCGACAAUAAGAAAUGGGCGCGAUGCUGUUCACGGCGCAGCGGCGACCGGGACCGCUGACAGACGCUUGUCGGGCUGUGCCGAUGUCAGUGACUGUGAGACCCGUGGCCGACAAGUCAAUUUGUCGUGCUCAUGCUAAUGGAUGCGCGAACUACGGAUGUUCAUUGGGGUAGUCACCGACUACAGAUGUUUGUAGCAAGUGUGACGCUCUACAGCAUCACUAAUCGCAUCGAAAUUCUGCCUAUGCCUGCCCUGCAUGAAGACGCAGUGCUGUGCCUGACGUUACUUUCAUGCCCACUCCAAAAGCUGACUGUGUUAAUUUUGAGCUUGAUAGACAUUCCCUUUCAGUAAUCAACUUGAAGUUGAUAAAAACCACCUAGAUAAUGUGUGCUCCAAGGAACGUCAAAAUUUCUGAAGAUAAUACGCACCCCCCAUUUUAGCAUUCAUCAAACAAUGAGCUACAGCACUUGGAGUUAAAGAUGGCACUCAUAUUAAAAUAAAAUACAAGGAGUUAUGUCGUACCUCUAACUACUUGGAUGCGUUGACAUUAUAUUGCCGAGAGCUGCUGACAUCGAAUGAAAAGGUUCGGAACUCGUUAACCUUUUAUGUAACAUCUAGUACGGUUUUUAUUUUUGUUUUGUUUUAUAUCAUAGACCUGUGUAUACAGAGGUCUAUCUUUAUACGUGUUUACUUAACCAAGAAGCAAACACUUGUUUAAAGUUUAUUCCCGUGUUCUGUCAGCCGUGGAAGCCGAUCGGAUAAAUUUGAUACAUCAUAGCUGCGCCAGGACUGAAGUGUUUGUUCGCCACAGCCGCUGCACUCUGCCGCUCUGGAUGUAAGCGGAUCCGAGAGAUAGGGGAGGGAGGAGGGACGGCAGGUCGACGAGCGGGGCUUCAUCCCCAUAUAGACAAAUCACUGACUCCAUGCCGCACAGGGGAGUGUAGAGCGCUGGCUGCAGCGGAGCAGCCGCGUGUUGUCUGUUCGCGCUGUGUCGCAUCUCUCAGUCACGCCGCCGCCGGGCCGGCUGUCGGAGAGCAGCCUGCAUACGGUAGCAGCGGUGGUUGGGUUCCAGAUCGGGAGGGGGGGGGGGGGCGCUCGUCGUGUGGUGCGUAGACGGGAUCGGACGAUUCGGGUCAUUGCUGUAUUGGUGCUGAUGUGAGUGCGUCAAAUGUUGGCCCUGGUGCCAGCUGUGUACGUGUGUAACACGCCCUGCUCGAGGCGUACAAGGAUGGGCGACAUGUGAAUAUUGAACAGAGCAUGUUCAUCAACCUCAGGAACGAGGCACAUUGGCAGCUAAAACGGACGUGGUAUGAACGGAAGCAUGUGUUCAUUCCGGCUCUGUAUGUAUAUGCGUUUCUGCCUCAACUAUGUGCGUAACUGAGAACGAAGUGUAUGUAUGUGUAUACGUAUAAGAUGUGUUUACAUGCCGAGGAGUAUACAAACAUCAGUAUACUGA